AUCCCAGGAGUACCAUGUCAUCCGGAACGGCUUUCAAAGAGCAGCUGCUUAAGGUACGCCGUGAGGUGCAACUGUCCAGCGAUUCCAAAUCACUGUUGCGCACGAUUAAAGAAACGCAGCGCUGUUUGGAUGGAUUAGCGAACCAACCGAACUACACACUAUGUGUGGCCCAUCUAGUAAAGGAACUAUUGGACUGGGUCGCACUGAAGGAAGACCACGAACUCGACCCCGUACCGGCGGGCAAAGCUUGUCUCGAACUGUUGGAAGAAUAUCUAAAAGUUUGCCAUCAGGCAGAAAGUACAACACGAUGCUUUCUGGUGGUACGGCUGUACAAUGCAUUCGUAGCGCUGAACAGGAAAGACACCACCCGCCGGACAAAAUUAUACAUCGCACGCCUAAUGCAUCAGUUUCCUAUUGCAGAAGAUCACAUCGAUCUGUACGUACGGGUAAAGCGUGUUGUGCUAAAAACGGCACACGAGGCAAAAGAAAUGACUGAUCUUAUGGAGGAAGGGACCGAUUUGGUGAUAGAAAUGCAACGAAAACUCCUUGUGUAUGAAGCAAACGCUCCACUGACGGACAAUGGAAUCCGGGAGCCUGCGUUGGCCCUUUUUCGUGAAGUGUUUGAUAAUGGGAUGGCUAUACUGUGCCGAUUGUAUCCGGUGAGUCGCUCCAAAGCCGAACAAAUGUACCGAACCAUCAUGGACACGAUGCUAACGGUCGUUAAACCGAACGAACCGGAAUUGAUCAGCUUGCUGGGUGAUAGUGUCGGCUUUGUCGAGACCAUUCUCGGCUAUGCCGGAGGAGAAAGCGUGAAUUAUUGUCAGUUUGCUGGCUUUCUCGCACUGUUCGAGGGUAUCCGAACGGAACCGUAUGUUAGCUGCGCUCGAUUGAUAAGCAUGCUUGUGGAGCUCGUAACACAACCCACACCAACGGAUGUACAGAUUGACAACAUCGCCAAACGUGUACGAGCGGUUCAUUCGACAUUUCCUUCCCAUCAACUGGUAGUGAAGGUAGCGAUAUUUCUCACCUGCCAAGCCAUUCCUUAUCUGUACCGGUUACCACAGGAACUGUCGCUAUCCAUUUCACACGCAGCAAUCGGACUGUGCGAAGCACUCAUGCACUUUGUACGCCAAUGUCCGUCGGAUACGGUGCCAGAAUUGUGCCGGUUGUGUUCAAGCUCUCGGCGUCAUUUGGCCGAUAAGUUGCUCAGCUUACUGAUGCAUUUAAGCAUCGUUCAGGCACGAAAUGCUGCGGAGCAACGGAACGAACGGAACGAGCUGUCCUACUCUAUUGGCCGAGGAUGUGAGCUGAUUAAGCGCAAACUAGCCCUGCUAGAGGAACUAGGCUGUGAGCGAAAGCAAUCACUGAUCGACACAACGAUGCGUUACAGCAUUUCCUGGCUAAAGUAUGCAUUAACACUGCUUCGAGACGACGAUAGCCAAGCUGCAGCAGAGGAUAUGGAAGAAAUCGUACGCACGCUCAAGAUGCUCGUAUCCGUACAAAAUCGUUACCGGUUCGAGUUCCUUACGGAUCUUCAUCUCGUACGACUACUUGAGAACGCUUACGCUGAUCGACCUACGGGAAUUGCUGGAAUUUCCAUCUCCUGUUGGCCAAACGUCAGUAUUCGGCUGCUAAAACUAUUGAUCACACUCCGUGAACCUACAACGGCCUCAACCGAAGAACACACGACAACGAUCAGCUCGAUCGUACGCUCGAUCAUGUGCUACCAAAUAAAUGCAUCGGAAACGGAUCCGAUACGAUCGCUUACCCUGCCGCAACUGUACGAUCAUCCGUCCUACGAUCGGCACGGUUUCACGUUCGACUGUUACCCGUCACGGGUGGAAAAGUUUACCAUACUCGCCGAGGAAAUGGCUCUGGUGACGAAGUACAAAACUUCUAACACGCUACCAGUAUGGGAGUAUAUGCGCGAGCUUACCAAGGUGGGAGAAAUAGGUGAAAAUUGUCUCGCGUUCGGGAUGGCACUGCACGGAUUUAGUGAAAGCGAUGUGGGGAAGCUUCCCGAGUCGAUGAUCGACACGCUGUCGAGUGCUUUAAGCUUGUAUCAACCGAAAACGACGCUGGAACGUGUCAAACUUACUGCGUCGCGGGCUAUCGUGAGCUACCACACGUUUAGCUUAGAAAGUCGAAAUUUACUAAACCGUUUGCGGGAGAUACCGUUGAAGGUGGAACAGAUGCGUAAUGGGCAGCUCGAUAAGAUAAUGCUCGAGAAUCGGAUCGAUCGUGAGACACAACUUCAGCAACGGAUGGAAGCGAUCCGAAAAAACUACCGCGCACUGUUGGUUACGUUGGCAGAGGAUUGCUUCCGGUCGUUGUGGGUAUUGCCGUCGAUUGCGCAGAUAUCGAGCAUACUGGACAAUAUCGCACGUCUGUACCAUCUGAACUAUCAUCCUGAUCUGGCAGUGGAGUUGCAGCUGCUCAACUUGCUGCUUGUCACCCAACGGCAAGAUGUACGUCCGCUGGAUCAAUGUGCUUCGCUGGGUUUUCUGUUGGAACAGCAUCAGCUGACAAACGUGCAGUUGAAGAAGCUGCACGUGCAAAUCUCCACGAAACAUACAGGCGAUGUACUGGGAUCUUUGGAACGUUUGGCAAGCCGUGCGAAAGCCUUGCUACACUCACCAGGAACCGAUCUGAACGAUGUGCCAGAAAAUCGGAAGUUCCAACUGCUUAAUCUUUAUCUGGGACUCGCCGUGUACCGCGCUUCUUUGGGUGAGCUUGAGCAGGCUCUUCGCUUGAUACAACGCGCCCUGGACCAGCUGGACCGUUCCAACAAUGUCGGUACAGUAGGGGAGUUGUUCCGGGGCCGUGCGGCACAAAUAAUCUUUCGGCUUGCGACUGAGUACGAUCUGCCCUGGCCGGACGCUGUGCCACCGCUAGCAUUCAUGAAGCGAAUGCUGAUCAGUUUUAAUGCCCUGCAAAAACUGUCCACCGAGCACACGUUUACACUGUCGCUUGCAACGGUCGACAUGACGGUGGCGGUGUUACAGUAUCUGAUCGUACGGUACGAUACGGGUCCGCUGAUUGAACCGCACGUGGAACAGCUGCUCAAGUUUGUGCUGCGUCGUGGGGCUGGAUUGCGGGUGAUGCAGCUGCUGCUGCUGUACGGUCAGAUGUGUGCCGAUAUGCAAAAGUUGGAUCGAUGCGAGAUCGUGGUCUCGUAUCUGGAUCAGUUGUUGAUGUUUUGUCCGAUCCAAUCGCAAGACGAGAAGGAAAACGGAAUGUUGGUAGAAGGUCUGUCGCUGAUGGGAAGUUACAAAAGCAUUCACCAUAAAAUCAAUAGCAAUUUGCCGGUAACGAGUCACGCAAUCGUCGACGAUCUUGUUGAUGUCGAAAGGGAAGCGGCACCAAAGCACAGAAUACUUCCGCCGAACAUCGUACUGGGUGAAACAACGGUGAAGGAAACAAUCAUUCACCCCUAUCUAAUGUUUUGUCACCCACCGGGCUGUGAUUGUCGUUACUGCAACUAUCCACAGUAUAAAAUGAUGGCAUACCAAACGGCUGCACUUCAUGUGCGAUUAUCUCUCCUGCAGCACUCCAAAACGAGGAAACACAUCGAACGAUCCUACCAAUCGCUUAUCGAACACUGGGAGAAAAUGGUUCCAAAAUUGACUUCCUGGAACGUGCCAGUAUACCUGUCGGACUUAAGUGUAGCUGUAAUACGAACACACUUAAAUUAUGGUCAAUUUCUGACCCGUCAAAAUCGGUUCGAUCGUGCUCGUCAGGUGUACGAACGGGCCACGGAGGUUACUGAAGUGAUCACCAUCGAUCCAGCACUGUCUGCCGACAUACGAUAUAAUAUCAAAGCGUUAGACUUUUUGGUGUGUCAACGAUCAGCAACACCGCUGCCAAAGCGUAGCCGAUCAAUGAUUGAAGUACGUUACGCAGAACUUCUUGCAAGAAAAGGUAAAACGAACGGUGAUAACGCAUCGGAUGGGAUGGGCCAACUAACUACCAAUCUGAGCAAUUUGACGAUGAAAACUCCAAAGCCAGCUAGUCGAACAUGUGCGCCACCGAAAACGGUCGAUCGGGUAAAUGAGUUGCUGCGUCAGGCGGCAACACGACGCCAUCAGCUUAAAACUAACAUACCAGCGGACCCGUUGUUAGGAAUCUCGGAAGAAAGCAGCAUCUCCGAUCGUAUUUGCUCCUCGCAAUCGGCUCGCAAACCGAAAACGGUCAACAUUUUCGUCGAUUCUCCUCCCAGUCGUAAUAGGAAAGUUGUUGCGGUUCCUGCAACGGUUGCUAAAAUGCAGAAACCAGCCACCAAAGUAUCGACCAGCGCUACUUCGGCUAUGAAGAAAUCGAAAUCAAAAGAACCGGUCCAGGUAAGCCAGGUCCAGGAGAGCGUGGAGGGUAAAGAUCGUGGAAUGGAAAAUCGCCGAGCUGGAAAGCGUACACUGACGAAUGAACCAAUGACGCCGAACCUUAAUGCGAAUUCGUACCGAGAUGUUUUGGUGAAGGAAACUCCCGUCUGCACUCCUCCGCCAACAGCUCGACCGGAUGCGUUGUGUAAUAUAACCGCCCGGAAGGUUCGUCGCCUGGUGGUGGGAGAAUUCCCGAGCCUGAGCGAUUCUAGCGAUACGGAUGCUUCUACAAAAACGCCACACGCCCAGAAACGAAUUGACAGUCCGACACCGCUGAAUGGAUCGUUCAGGGAUGCGCUUGUGCUUGGUGGGACUGUUAAGAAAAAAGACGAUAGUAGUGUGGUGAUUGUGUUGGAUGAUUCAAACGACUCUAGCCAUAAAUCGGAGGAAGCAAUUGAGGCCAGCUUUGUGCUAAGUCAUGCAGUUUCGGCAGAUAAAUUGGAUGGGCUAUCGCUUAAAUCUUACUCCGAUCGGAAGCGUUUGCUCGACAGCGCUGGACGACCGUUGCCAGGGUCGGCUGUACGGCCAGUGGCCACCAAGCGCAGGACGCCACUGUUGGCCGCCAAAACGAAGCUUCGAUUUGAUGAAUCCACUCCGGAACAGGUUGACGAUAACGGUGCGAAACACUUGCAAGCGAACAGCAACGGGAAGGCCUUGAAGAAGUUGGCAGAAGGAAAACAGAUACGUUCGCAUAUGAAAAAAGCAAUUGAACCAGUGGUAGAAGCAGUACCAUCAAACACAGGUAUGGAAAAAAGUGACCAAAGCAAGGUGGAAUCGCGUGUAAGCUGCAUUGCAACCCGGACGCGAUUGCGCAGGAAAAGAAUCUGA